AUUUAUUUAUCACUCUCUCUCUUUGCAGAAACGGAGAUCUCUUCUCAGAAAUAAAAUAAAUUAUUUUCCCAUUUUUCAUUACGUAAGUUGGCAGCUGCCAUUUUAUCACGCAACUUGGCAUUAACAAUAUUUGAUUUUCCAGUGUUUCUUUCUCGUUUUGAUUUUCGCAGUAUUUUCAUGGUAGAAAUUAAUUAAAAUCUGUAGCCAGAUAUAACCUUUCCACCUUCUUCUUCUUGUCGCAACGCACCACUCUCCAAUUGAAUAAACUAACAGUUUUCACAGAGACAGAGAGGGAGAGAGAGAUGAAAAUUGCAGCGCAGAGUGCGGCGUCGUAUUGCGUGGAGGAGAAGAAGGCAUGCAUCGGUUGGGCGGAGACGUAUUUCAAAGACUGCCUCUGCAACGCCGGCGAUGAGAUUUCCUUCGCCUUCGGACUCUUCAGCCUCCUCUUCUGGGGAGUUGCUGAGAUCCCUCAAAUCAUCACCAAUUUCAGAACCAAAUCCGGCCAUGGAAUCUCCAUCUUCUUCCUCCUCACUUGGAUCCUCGGCGACAUAUUUAAUUUAAUGGGAUGCCUUCUCGAACCUGCGACGUUACCAACCCAGUUCUACACAGCGGUGCUCUACACUGUGACCACGGUGGUUUUAGUUAUUCAGAGCUUUUACUACGAUUAUUACCGAAGGUGGCGAAACGUUCAACCUAAAGAAUCAGAUCAAGAGGUUGAUGAAGACCUGAAGAAGCCUCUAAGAGCAACACCACAAACUGAUUCCUCCAUUCCAAUACCCUCCACUCGAUCUGCAACGCCUCGUAGAGAAGCCUAUUACUACACCUCUGCAAGAUCAAUGGCUGCGAGCACGACUCCGCCUAUUCGUAUGCGCUCUUAUCUUUGGCCCAUCAAGAGUGGUCCUUCUGCUGUGGGAAUCGACAACGACUCUUCAUCAGACGACGAAGCUCCACCCAUUCCACCGCGGAAUGCUGUCAGCAGGCCUAAACCAAUUCCAAGAUCUGCAGGAUAUGGAGCGUUUUUGGCUACAUCGAUGAAUAUGCCUCGAGAAUCAAAGGCGUUGGUGCAAGUGUAUCUUGGAUUGAGUGGGAGGAAACUACUGCAAGUGGGAUUGAAUGAAGAAAACGGAGCAGAGAGCGCGUUAGGUCAGUGGUUAGGAUGGAUGAUGGCUGCCAUUUACAUGGGUGGAAGGCUACCUCAAAUAUGGUUAAAUAUUAAACGAGGAAGCGUUGAGGGAUUGAAUCCUCUCAUGUUUAUCUUUGCACUUGCUGCUAAUGCUACUUAUGUAGCCAGCAUUCUUGUGAGAUCAACUGCCUGGGACAAAAUUACAGCCAACUUGCCCUGGCUGCUGGAUGCCGCGGUCUGCGUGCUGCUCGACUUAUUCGUAUCCUUCCGAGAUGUCGAAAUUUUACGAGUUUAUGAUAAGCUUUUAAUUGAGAUAUUAAGAUCAUGUGUUCAAAUCUCAUUAAAGAACCUUAACUUGUUUGAGCAGAUAAUAUUACAGUAUGUUUACUACAGAUAUUAUAGGAAGGAAAGGCGCUGCAGCGGAGAAGAAUACGUUGAAGCCAGAAAAUGAGACAAUGUAUUUGUUGUUAUGAUAAAUAAAGCCUCUCAUCUUAUGAUUUUUUUUUUUUUAACCUUUUUAUUUAUGUAUUUUUCCGACUGAUUUUUAUUCGUUACACUUAGUAGAUCAAUUUUGGAAAUAUUGCUUUUUCUUCGAAAAAGUUUGUAAAAUUUA